GUAUGCAUCAUCUUGAGGCAAAGAGUAAUAUAAGUACUUGAUGUCCACGGAAAAAGCGAGGACAGCCUUUGAAAAUCCCUCGCGGAGAAAGGUGGAGACUACCUGGCGUCUUUAUGAGGAAGGGGUCAUCGAUGUCGAGGAGGCGCAAAAACUUUUGCAGGAUCACUCCCACUUGUUGCCUGGUCAAACGGGGCGGUGUAUUAAUGACCGCAUGCGCGAACACUCAAACAAAGUUCAAGAACGAGCUAGAGAUCGUGAAUUAUCACUGUAUUGCAACGAAUGCGGUUGCAAGCAGUCUUUUAAAGAUGUGACCUACUGUCAAAAUACUGCGAUGACCGCGUGCGGCUUAUUUCCGAAGCUUUUCACAUUCAUAUUAGCGGAGAAACAUGUGUAAGCCUUCCCUCUAUUUCUAUCCUUCCGAAGGUUAUUGCCAUCCUAUCGCAUUAAUUGCAAUUUUCGUCUCUGCACAUGCUGAAUUCUGUUUAUUCUGUGCUUUGAGGUAGCGGCAGAGUAUAAAUAUGCUGACUGAAAGAAUAAAGGCACGUGGUUGUUAGUCAGCGCUGUUGUCUGUGUCCUUCUCCUUGUCGGAAGAAGACCACAGUGACAGCACCGGCUCGCGUCGGGCUCCGUAGUUUCGUGAGUUUUUGCUGGUGCUUUCAACAGAAAACGCGCCGAAAUGCCUCCACCAGCUGCCUAACGUUAUAAGGACCGCAUCGACACCACCCCCGUGGAAAUCCGACCACCGACGGCCCCACGAGGAUUCUUGAAAGUUUCGUUGGGUGAGCCGCUAACCCUAACCGGCGGCGGCAGCCGCUCGCCUCGCCGACGGGGAUUCCCGCCACGGCACUUGGCCUAAUCAUGGUGAACGAAGCGACUACGGUCGUUGACCUCCUCCAUACAACUUCCAGAGGACUCGAAGAAGAAAGCAUGGACGAGACUACCGAACCGGUGAGCCAAGAAACUCUGUACCAUAACACCGUGAGAGAAGAUAUCAACUGGCAAUCAGUACGAACACAAAAGCAACGCAAGCAAGAAGCCUUGGAGAGGCGAAGCGGUAGUGCAGAGCCCCAAGACCCCGCAACCACCACUGAGACAUCGUCAACAAGGCAGAGAGUCGCUAGACCUCCACCGCUUCCGAAAAAUGAAUACACAAUAAUCAUUCGUCCAAAUCAAGGACUGUCAUUAAGAAACGUGCUGACUCAUAAACUCGUACGAGCGAUCAUCGACGCGUGCCACAACGAGUUCACGGACGACAGAUUCAUUCUGAGGAUGAACCCGGGAUCCAACAUAGCCAUCCUAUCGAACCAGUACAAAGAGGUCGCCGGAAAAGCACGACACAUCCACACUUUAACACUUAGCGGCAGAAGUCACGCAGUGCGUGCAUACAACGCUCAAGAAGGCACCCUCGGGGGAGUGGUACAUGGAAUGCCGUUGCACACAACCACCGAAACCCUCAUGGCCCACCUCAGAGUGAGGAUACAAGGCGUGGAAAUCCUUACAACCAGGAUGAUCGGUGCCACUCAAAGUGCAGCGCUGAUAUUUAUUCGUCUCCAUCUACCACGAUUUGUGUACUACUACGGAGAUGGAGCGUUGGUCUAAAUGGGUAGCAACGGAGUUCAAGUCUGCAAUAUCUGCAGGGAAAAGGGCCACCGUACCGUUGUGUUCCCAAACCCGGCCAGACCCAUCUCUACAUUGUGCGGACUGCUUAAUCCAACCGACGCACACAAAUGCGAGAUAAACUGCGCCUCGUGCGGGGAGGCUCACCCAACCGGUGACCACUCGUGCAAGCAGCGACUGAAACCGGUUCGACCCCGACCCACGCCAUCCUCAGCCCCAAUGAAGUCGAACGCCCUAAGAUGGGUCGCCUCGGAAGAUACAAAAGAGACCUACAGGGUGGACAUUCCCGGCCGGCCGGUCAGUACCGAGCAACGCUCCGGCUCCCGCUCCCUGUCAGCGAGCCGCGAGCAUCGGGCACCAGAGACAACCGAAAGGAACCCGUCGCCUCCGGCAAGCAAGCAGAAGCCAUCACACGAGGUAAGCUUGGCGGAAGUAGUCUCUUACCAGCCACGAAACGCAUCCACACCGAUUACACAAAAUACGGAAUGUCAGAUAGUGAUUGAGGAAAAUAGCAAAAACAGCAUCGAACCAACUACGAGCACAAAAUCGAAACUUUAAUGGAAACAGUGGCCAUGCUUGAAUAGGCACACGCUGCGACCCGUGAUUGAUCACCACAAUCUCAAUUACCACAGCUAAGCACUCUCACCGGGCAUCCACCACUACAAACACAACUGCCCCCCUCCCCCAAAACAACACCGCCAAAGCAGCCUCAGGCGCACUCACCGUCGGAGAGCAACUUGGUAAUCCAGGAUCAAUUGCAACAAGCACUGCAACAAUCACAACAAAUAAUACAACAAAUACAGCAACAAUUUCAGCAGGUUCUUGCGGAAUCCCAAGAAUUAAAAAAAUACGUUAACGAAUCCCUAACCAAGGAACCCACGCGUAAACGGAAAAGUAGUGAAAUACGCUCUCAGGCAGAGGACAGUAGCAUGCCAACUUCCGACACAGACAGCACAAUACCAUCUAAGUCCCAUCAUGGCCCGUAAAACUCAAAUGGAAAGCGAAAACAUCACGAUCUGGUCCUGGAACUGGUAGCUACAAUAAAAGCAAGCACGCAUCGCUCUCGCUAUACCUACAGGCGGCGCUAGUCCCCCCAGACAUUACCUGCCUGCGAGAGGCGCGAGAGCAACCGAAGCCAAUUAUGUGGUAUAAAAUACAGUACGACCCCAGCUACCUUAAGGUGGCCACGCUCGUCCGCAAAGAUUUGGCAACAAUCCUGACAGUAUUGCCCGGUGAGGAAAUCCCACAUCUCAUCACCAUGAAAUGGCCUGUCAAGAAGGGGAGACCUAAACAAGUCGUGUGCAACGUAUGCAGACCCCCCCCCCCUCGCGACAGAAAGGCUGACUUCUCGUCAUUGUUCCGGAACCUACAGCCAAUGCUGGAACACUGUGAUCGCUUAAUUAUAACCAGGGAUUUCAAUGCAAAGCACAACGCGUGGGGCUACUCGAAAGCAGACACCAAUGGCACCAAGCUCCUAAAAGCCAUAGGGCGCCACGAUUACACACUAAUUACUGUAGCAGGUACGCCUACUCGAGUAGGAAACAGCAUCUGCAGGGACACGACCCUUGAUCUCACCAUCACGAACGAUACCGUGGGAACAAGCUGGAGGGUCAUAGACGAUUCGCUGGGUAGUGAACACUACAUUAUCGAAAUCACCAGCACCUCAGCCAAACUACGCCGACCCCUAGGGAAGGCCAAAAUUACAAACUGGCCUAAGUUUAGGGAGAGGCAACAGACCCACUUAGAUACAAGUUUGCUCUUCCUGGAACAUCAACGCCGCUUAACCCCGAUGAAGGAGUGGGCCCAACGCAUCAAAGAACUAUAUGACGCCAGCACUAAAGUGUAGCGAACCGAUACCGACAGGCCGGCAAUCGACAACCAUCUAAUACACUUAUGGGAAGCAUGCAGAGGCCUCACAAAGAUGGUGCAAACACGCUGCGACCCUUACUUACACUUAGGAUUUCAAACGUCACUGAACAGGCCACCAAUUAUGCCCUGAAGGUUCACAGGGACAACUGGCGCACGUUCUGUGAUUCGCUUAAAGGCAUGCUAAGCACCAAAAAGACGUGGAACAUACUCCGCAGCAUCAUCAAUCCUUCAAGUACCAUAACAGAAAUAAACACAGCCCUACAAAAACUCGUUGGCGAAUAUCCGGACACCCAAGAUGAACUCCUACAGGAAUCCAGCAAAUAUACACGGGAAUCCAGACCGGGCAUGGGAAAGCACACCCUCAAUAUCCGACACCUCCGAACGAGAGGCUUGAUGCACUAAUCACGUAUGCGGAGGUAUACACGGCAGCACAGAGCUUCAAGAAAAACACGGCACCGGGCCCCAACGGGACCACCAACGCCAUCUUGAGAAACCUGAGCGGUGAAACGCUCCGAGCCUUUACACAGCAGCUGAACGAAGAAAUAUGGACACCGCGCGGAACAUUACCCGAGGAAUGGACUACCGUUCACAUUGGCCCAAUACCAAAACCGCGAAAACCGCGCAGGCUCGAUCAGUUACGACCGAUCUCGCUCACGUCUUGCCUGGGCAAACUUUUUGAACGAAUUGUACUCACUCGAAUAGACAACACAUGGAAGAACAUGGACUGCACCCUAAUUCCAUGUGCGGAUUCCGGAAAGGCAUGUCAGCACAGGAUGUCUUCCUCCUCCCCAAGGAAGAAGUCCUCAACCCACAACUGGGCAGCAACAACAACAUACUCCUAGCCCUCGACGUGGAAAAAACCUUUGAUAAUGUAGCGUACGAAACCAUCCUAGAUGGCCUCGCCGCAAUAGGAUGCGGAGAGCGAGUGCGAGCGGAUGGAUGCGAGGUGCGAUCGCGCAAACAGCUCGCUUUUCCGUUCGUUCGGUCUGGCUGCGACGUCACAAAGUAGGCCGUCCGCAAGAUUUGUGAGAACGGGAGGGAGAGCACAGCCAAUAAACGAGCGAGCCCAGCCCCGGAAGUUUGCGUCACCAGUUUGAGCUUCGAUCGGGGACGAUACAUUAAGUGCAGAAUGUUUGCGAUGCUUUAAUAAUUAAACACGUAAUAUAAGAAAAAGAUUCUUACUGUUGCAACAUAUAAUCUGCCUCGGAAAUCUCAUGCGAGAGCAGAAAACUAAUUUAAGCGGCAUAUAUUUUGGUUUAGUCCGCUAGGUGGUAUCGCACACGUCAAAACAAAUUGGCGGGAGCGCGCAGUUCAAUUGCAAAAUCGCUGUUCGUCAGUUGCCAAAAUGUCGUCGCACAAGAAUGUCAAGCUUGGCCCUCACGUGUCGCCACACCAACGUGAACUGUUGGUGGCGUUUAUGGAGGGCCAUCCCUAUCUUGUGCGGGCGUCGUGUGCACUCACACCGGAGUGCACGGUGGAGCGGAGGCGGCAGCUUUGGAGUGAGCUCGCCGCCCUGCUGAACACUGAGGGCCCGGCCGCCAAGACAGCCGAACAGUGGCAGGUCUUUUGGCGGAAAGAAGUAUUUCUUUCCCGCCGAGAUGCCGCCACAGCUUCCGCAAGUCAAAGCGGCACGGGUGGUGGCCGUCUGCCCGGCCUUCGUGGCCGUAUCAUCGCCCUAGUGGGCACCUCCACGGUGACCGGAGUGUGCGAGGCUUUUUACCAACCACUCGACGAGCCCGCCAUGGAGGUGACCGUGGAAUCUGUGGGCACCACCGCAGGAACCAGUGGCCUUUCACGUGAAGGAGCACUGCAGCAGCCAGGAGUGGGCCCUCCAGCCACUGCACAGCCUGCAGCUGGCCCUGGCGGAGUGAGAACCAGCUACCAACCCCGGGUGCAGCGCCGGUCGCGAGGCCCUCGUCGGGCGUCCCACCGGGACGCCUUGGUCGAACGGCUCGCGGAUGACUACGCCAGGACCGUCGCACAGAACGACGAGACAAACGAACUCCUGCGUGGUAUCCGCCAAGGCGUAGACCGGCUGGCUGCAGCUACUGAGCGGGUCGUGGCUGCUGUGGAGCGGCAGGCCGACCAAGUAGCGGAGGCACUGCGGCCAGUGGGGCAGCUUUCACAGCUCUUGGGCCAGCUGAUGCAGGAGGCAGUGGCUGCAAGGAGGGAAUAG